AUGGCUGGGUAUACAGGCAUUGGAGAGGAGACUGCAGUGAGUACCCUCGGGGCAACAAUGCUCACCAUCUGCGCAGCAUUCGCCCUGCAGGCAGGAAACAGCAAGGAACAGGGGUAA